AUGGACCCUGUUGCCAGCAGCUGCAUGCGGAGCCCCCACCCCCCGGCCCCUGUCUGGAGCUGCCUUCGAAACCCCCACUCAGAAGGCAAUGGGACCUUGGGGCUCCCCCACUACCCACCCACCCCAUUCUCCUUCCACCAGAAGCCAGACUUCCCGCCGGCAGCGACAGCAGCGUACCCCGACUUCUCGGCUUCCUGUCUGGCGGCCACCCCCCACAGCCUGCCCCUGGAGGGGCGAGGCUUUGCCGAGCAGCACCCUGCCUUUCCGCAGCCCCCCGACUGGCACUUCCCUGUCUCCGAGGCUCGGCGCAGGCUCACCCCGGGCCCAGCGGGGGGCUCCGGGGAGAUGGUAGACGCCCUGGGAGGCCCAUGCGACGACGACUAUGAGGUCCUGGGGAACGCUGCCAACGAGACGGAGAAGAAGUCCAGCCGGCGGAAAAAGGAGAGUUCAGGUCAAAGUGUGGUUCCAGAACCGGAGGAUGAAGUGGAAGCGUGUGAAGGGGGGCCAGCCCACCUCCCCAACGGGGCAGGACCCUGA